AAACAAAAAGAAAGAAAGAGAAAUGCGAAUUUAGUUAAAAUAAUAUUAGCAAUAAUUGGGACACGAUAAAUAAAGCCCGAAGCUCUUCAUUUGAUCUUCGCCACAUUGUUUUGAACGGGAUUACGCGAAAGACGAAGCGGCAACGCCGGCAUGAAAUGACAAUAGCCCCCCUCCCACGAUUCAACGCACGAGCCGACGGAAGAACCCACCGAAAAACCGUCCCUUUGAUCUCCAUCUUCUUAAUCUAGAACUACAGCCUCGCAUUCGCCACGCGAACGCGAUGAUGGUGGACUCUCCUCCGAAGGCGAAGAAGAGGCCGAGCCCCGCGAUGAGCCGCAGCAACAGCGCCAGCACCAAGUUCUUCCGAUGCUUUAAGCCUGCCGUCGUCGACGACGGCGACGGCGGGGACGAGGGGAAGCGGGUUUCAGACGAGCCGUUGCUCUCGCAAGUGGCGGCGGAGGAAAACGAUGGCCGUGCUCUGCAGAAGAUUCGGCCGGCGGAUAAAGGGGACGAUGGGUCGGAUGAUCGCGCGAAGAAGAAGAAGAAGAAGAAGGGUUUGAAAUUGUUCUCGCGUGCUUCCAUGGCCGUGUUCUUCGAGGCAUCUCUGGCAAAGAAGAUGCAAAAGAGAAAAAGCACGAAGAACUCACACGAAUCGAUCAACAGUCUGUCCACGGAAGCAGAUAGAAUUCUGAAGCUAAUGCAUCAGAAUUCCGGCAGCGGAGUUUCAGACAAUGACAACGUCCAAACAACCGAGUCCGACGCCUCUACGUCUUCGCGUUCCUCAGUCGCCACAACCUUUUCGCCUUCCCUGGGCUCUUCCCGAUCUUCGAGCACGAAUUCUUCGCUGAGGGGGACGACCAAGUCAUCAAUUCCGUCUGGUUCUUUCAACUCAAAGCAGAUUCAAUCGAGCGCCUUAGAGGACAGCAAAGAGCGGCGGCCCUCGUCCUCCGACAACUCUGCUGUCUGCCUGCUUCUGCUGACCCUUUUGGUACUGGUCUUGUGGGGCAAGGUCUGCGCCAUUAUCUGCACUUCGACCUGGCUGUUGUUCGUGCCUCGGUGGAGCACAACCAAGUGCACAAAGCCCUCGUCAGAGGAGAACGGCGGCGAUUAUUCGAACAUGGAUUCUGCAGAGUACAAGAAGAAGAUCAUCUUGGAAGGUCUGUUACAGAGGAAAAGGUCACUGGGCACAGCACGCUCGUGAGUCGCGACACA